AUGGCGGCGCCUAGGCGGAGACGCGAGCCGAGGUUGCCCGAGGCCUCGCGGAAACGGUCGAGCUACCUGGCCGAGCCGUCUCGCGCCGGUCACGGGAGGGUCGACAGCCGAUUGCCUGUCCGGGGAACGCCCGCGCACCUCGGUGACGGGGACCGCGCCUCGACGCGCGUCCGACGCCGCGAGAUCGCCCCUCGUUCCGCGCCAGGGACGACGUCGCCGAGGAAGCCAAUAGUCCCGCACCUGAAAUCCGGUCCCAAGGAGGUUAGAACUCGGAAAAUACGGAUUACAGGAAAUUCCUCGUCCGCGGCGGGUCGAUUAUCGACUAGUUGCUCGAAUCCGGCGUCGAUAGUGGUAUUUCCGCCCACCGGUCAUCGCAAGGUGGAAGUCUUCUUUAUCCGGGGAAGUGCGUCGACCGGGACCAUUUCGACUCUCCUUUUGAGACCCUGUUAUGGAAUUUCGCCGAAGGAUGUCCAGUGCGGUGCGUCCGCAGGUGUGACGGAGCUCAAGUGGAACGGGCGUCCUCUCCGAGAAACUCCAGGUGCAGCUCCAGCGAGCAUCCACCACGACACCGCCACCCCCCAGGGCCUCCACUUGGCCCGGGGAUCUACUCUCAUCCCUGCCACCCCCACCUCCACCUGCACUGCUUCCACCCUCGCCAGGACCACUCCAGGAGACAUGAACCUGCGCGUCGACACUCACCUGGCCCUGCGAGCCGCCCCCCCUGCGCCCUGCACCCGAGGCUCGACCAGCCGGUGACCACUUCGACGCCCGGCAUGGACGGCAAAAAGGUUGUCCAGGGGGCGGGAGCAGGUCCGGCCGGGAGGCGGAAGAGCGGGGGCG